GAAAGAAAAGCCGUUGUCCCAUUUUCUUUUCGCAUAUUCCUUUCUCUUUCUGGGAAAGAAAAGUCGUGUCUUCCCCGAGCUAAAUCAAAAGACAAAUUCUCUCUGCUCCUUGGGCACCAUAAGCCUCGAACAUUUUCUCAGUGUCGCCAAUAAUGGCGACGACCAAAACCCAAAAAUCCACACGGAGCAAGGAGAAGACGGACACGUGGGUGUGGCUCUACUCGGUACUGCUCACCCUACAAUACGGAGCUCAGCCUUUGAUCUCCAAACGCUUCACCAGACGAGAAGUUAUUGUGACUUCAUUUGUAUUGAUGUGCGAGAUAAUAAAGGUUAUAUGUGCCCUAUAUCUCAUGGCAAAAGAUGGCAGUUUAAAGAAAGUAUACAACGACUGGAAUUUGGUUGGUGCAUUGACUGCAUCGGGACUUCCUGCAGUUAUUUAUGCACUGCAAAAUAUUCUACUGCAGAUUUCUUACAAGAAUCUUGAUUCACUCACAUUCUCGAUAUUGAACCAGACAAAAAUACUUUUCACUGCUUUUUUUACAUACUUGAUAUUAAGGCACAAGCAAUCAAUUCAACAAAUUGGUGCCCUAUUUUUGUUGAUUGUUGCAGCUGUCCUUCUUAGUAUUGGUGAAGGCUCCAGCAAAGGAUCUAGUGGUGGUAAUGCUGAUCAAAAAUUAUUUUAUGGAAUUAUUCCUGUUUUGGUUGCUUCUGUACUCUCAGGACUGGCUUCUGCCUUAUGUCAGUGGGCUUCUCAGGUAAAGAAACACUCAUCAUACUUGAUGACUGUAGAAAUGUCUUUUGUUGGAAGCAUGUGCUUGUUGCUCAUUAGCUCUAAGUCUCCAGAUGGAGAAGCUAUCAGACAACGUGGAUUCUUUUAUGGUUGGACUCCUCUAACUUUGGUCCCAGUUAUAUUAAAUGCGCUUGGAGGAAUUCUUGUUGGCCUAGUUACAAGCCAUGCUGGUGGUGUUAGAAAGGGGUUUGUCAUUGUUUCUGCACUUCUUGUCACGGCUUUGCUACAGUUCAUUUUCGAAGGGAAACCGCCGUCAUUGUAUUGUCUUGUGGCUCUUCCACUCGUGGUUUGUAGCAUUUCGAUACACCAGAAAUACCCGUACCCAGUUAAAAAGAAGGAAUCGUAGACUGUCAGCAUUAAGGGAAGUUGUUAGAUCAGACCCUCCCAAGUGAUCACAUUUUUCACUUGGUUCAAAGCAUUGCAAGUUGUAAAUGAAAGAGUUGCAGGAAUCUUUUAGAAGUGUUCUUGUACCCACUAAUCUAGGGAAUUGAGAAGGCUUUAUCUGCUGCUUUGAUCAAAUUCAUAAGCAUUAGAAUGGGUGUCCUUGUGUCUUUGAGCAGUGCACAAUCUUGUCAGUAGUUGAAUUUCAUUACUUUCUGUAAUAAGAACAA